CGGGCCCGCCCCGCGAUCGAUCGCUCGGCGCUCGGCCGCGGCGGGCGGAGCGCCGAGGCGGUCGAUGGGACAGCUGACUCGCCGCCGCCGCCGUUGCACCGGCCAUUUCCCGCCGGCCCGGCCCGCAGCGCGGCGCGGCUUCUCCUCCCGGGCGCGGAGCCGCCUCUCCCGCAGGCAGAGACGAUGCCUCCGAAAUUCAAGCGGCACCUGAACGACGACGAGGUGACGGGCUCGGUGAAGAGCGAGCGGAGGAACCUGUUGGAGGAAGAUUCAGAUGAAGAGGAGGACUUUUUCUUGAGAGGCCCUUCUGGACCAAGAUUUGGACCCAGGAAUGACAAGAUCAGGCAUGUCCAGAACCAGGUGGACGAAGUCAUCGAUGUUAUGCAGGAGAACAUCACGAAGGUGAUUGAAAGAGGCGAGCGGCUGGAUGACCUGCAAGAUAAAUCAGAAAGUUUAUCAGACAAUGCAACAGCUUUUAGCAACAGAGCCAAGCAGCUUCGGAGACAGAUGUGGUGGCGAGGCUGCAAGAUGAAGGCGAUCAUAGCACUGGUGGCAGUCAUUCUCCUGCUCGUGAUCAUUGUACCCAUAGUCCUGAAGUACCAUACCUGACGGGGCAGCUGGAGGCUUUGGUCGGAGCUGGCUCUGGGAUAACCAAACUGCUGUGUAAUUUAAGUGAGAUAUCUGUAAAUAGCUUUGAAGUUGUUUUUCUCCAAGGAGCACGGAGGCAGCGGCAAGUAGCCAGUUCUAACAGAGUGUUUUAAGAACUGCCAAAUGACCCUUUUUUUUUUUUUUUGGUCAAGUACCUGCUCCUGUUGUCAGACUUUUUUUUUUUUUACAGCAGAAGAUUCAGUUCCCAAACUGCCUGUCUUGCGGAAUUCUGAGUCUCUGGUUUGGAGCUGGCUACUUGCCACUAUGGUUUAUCUGUAUAUAUGGUUGAGCUGUAAUAUUAAUAAUAAUACUAUCUGAACAGUUCCCAGCUGCCUGCUGUGAAAGGCAGAGGGGACUCUGUCCUUUCAGGGCAAAGGAGGGGAAAAACGUCUGAAGAGAAACAUACCAUUAUGUUACAGGGAACCAACCCUUCUGUGGAGAACUGCAAGGGUGUUGUUUCCCUGUUCAAAUAAAAAAAAAAAGGAGGGGAAAAAAAAAGAAAUAAUUAGGUUUUACAAUCCAGAAGACUUUCUGGUCCUGCCAUGAGAAUGCACAAGCUCGGUGUUUUCAGUAUUGCUGCUUACAGCUGUGACUAAAGACAUUCCAGUAAACUAUUUUUGACUGUA